CCGAUAACCGAUAGUCGCGGGAUGCCAUCUCUGUUUCAAUAUAUAUAUUUAUGUUUUUGUUACUUUUAAAAAGCAACUUAUACUAGAUGUAAACGUGUGGACGAAUGGAAAUAUCCAUAAACGUGUUUGUUUUCCUGCUCUACACUCUGGUCGUGAUCUACCUUCAGCACUUCGUCAACAAGUACACGGAGCUCGUGCGCAGCCUCUAGAUGCUGGGACUUCAGACGUAUGCCAGUUCCUCCUCGGAGGGCGAA